CAGCUAUGCCGUUUGUCUCCUGCGAACUGUGGCGAACAAUAAAGUGUUGUUGUUAUACUCGGGACCACGUGGUGCGGUGUCACGUGCCCCCAGCAUGGCGGCGCCCAUGGUGACAUGCGUGUCCUCGGCCAUUCAGCUGUAACUGAACGCCGCCACUCGCUUGGCGAUUAAUCCGCGAUCACCGGUACUCGCACAAUGCUCGCGACGAAGAGAUUACCAGGAGCGCUGUGGCUGGGAGCCAGGUUGCGGGGAGUAGUGAGUGCAAGGUCGCGAUGUGCGUUCCCCGAUGCCCCGGAACAACCGAUGAACGCGAGCACCCAGCAGUCCGACAGGCAGGGCGAGGAGGUCUCUACGGCGGAGCGACCCAGAGGGGAGUUCUCCCAGUCGGAGGUCUCCACGGCGGAGCUAGACAGGGAGCCGCUAUCUUCAGAGGAGCGCCACACGGUGGAGGUCCCCCUGGACGAGCUCUUCACGGCGGAGCAGCGGGCAACGUUGCUGCGGACUUUUAAUGAGGCGUCGGGCGCGGAGCUGGGGGCCAUGCGCGCGCUGCGGGGCCGCAAAGGCGCCAACGUGGCAGCGUUCCGCGAUGAGCACGGCCCCUUCGGCGACCUGGACUCGCUCACCAGAGUCCCCUACCUGAAGUACAAGUCGCUGUUCAAGGCAUGCACCGUCCUCCUGCAGCCCAAGCUUAGCAGGGAGGCGGCGGCACGGCAGAGCAAACGGCUGACCUUCCUCAAGCCGGAUGUGAGCCGCGAAAGCCUCGAGACCGUGCGGAGCGUGGUGUCGCUGGUGUUUGGGAUGCACCGCGUGGCGUGGGCGCACGUCACACGCUCGCUUGACGUCCUGGCCUGGCAGCAGCGCCGCUGCGACACCAUCAGGACGGGCAGCUACGCUCCCAACGUCUACUACGAGGAACUGCGUGCGACGGUGGCGCUCAUUCCCAAGGCGGACCUGUACGUGCUGGAGCGGCCGAGCCUGCCGCCCGGGAACACAAGCCUCUUCCCGGUCGUGCUGCACCUACGUAGCAUGGAGACAACGCUCUUCAGCCUGCUCUCGCUCAGGGACGCUGCUGCCGCCGGGACGGAAGUCGCGGACAAUCCAUGGAUGGAGCCCCCCACCACCGUGCCACCCCCACACCCCCGCGUGCUCGGCAUGUCGCGCUCCGCCGUGGGCCAGCAUUUCCAGCUCAUGCUGGGGAGCACCAAGACGAGCGGGCGCGAGGUUGUACGCCUCCUGUUGGACGAGGUGCUGCUGCUGGAGCGGCCGCGCGUGCGAGUGCCGCGCUCCCUCGCGUCGGCGCGUGACAGCCGCGAAUGUGAAGAGAUGUGCGAUGCGUUGCUGCAGGCGCUCGCCUUCCUCGAGCUGGUGCUUGGCCCUGCGAACUGAGCUGUGGCUCAUAACAUAAAUUCCUCUCUCUCUGGGCUAGAGAGAUGCGUUCGGUGUGGUUGCAAAGCCGAAUCUUAAAUGGGAUUCUUGGCCAGGGUCAUAACUAUUGAGUGUGCAGGCGGUGCAUCCACGGACCGGCCAGAGAGACCCAGGGGCCGGGAGAAUUGGACAGGGGACCCCACUUAAUUCCUUGCACUAGGGCCCCUGCCAGCCACGCUACGUCACCGUUCCAGAUACAAUAGAAGCAGAUGUUGGCAGCCCCAAACUCGAGUCAUCUCAGCUGCAGAUGCUCCACACAGCAGCAGCAGUAUGCUGCAGCCUUCAUCAGGGCACGAUGUUUGGGUUCCUCGCUGCAUACACAGAGACUGCCUGGAAAGGCAUCAGUUGGCAAUGUCGCCGAGGCUGCGCCUCUCAGCAGUGCAGCCUUCAUCAGGAAAAUGGAGUCUGGAAUUGCCGUUCCUCAGCUGUCCAUGGGCUGACACCAUCUGUUUAAGUAAGAGGCUGAGAGUAUUUUCUUUACAGUAUUUAGACCUCUAGCCAUAUGGGCCAUUGUGCUUUUAUUUAUAUUUGUGAAUCGUGUCUGCAUCACUCACAUCUCGGUUAUUUACAUUCUCCCUUGUCAUGGCUAGAAAGUGUCUGGGGAUGCCAGUAUAGUUAAUACCAAGCACUUGUAAUGAUGCUGUAUAAAUGUCGGUAUUCCACCAUCCUGACCACAUCUAAAUUUCAGCUUUCAUAUUUCCCCAUACAAGACCGUGUGCAUGUGAUAGAGGGGAAACCUCUAAUUUUAUAUGGAUUGCACAGACACAGUAGCGUCUCGACUCAAAACUCAUUCACGACAUCGUAAAUAAAGGAUGUGUACAUUUCAUCCUGGUGGUGAGUAGGCUAGGUCUCUUUUUAGCAGUCCUGUCGAUUUUCCAAAUAACUUGUAGAAAAACGUGAAGCGUUAUUGAAUGAAAGUGAAUUGGAAAGCCGGUGAUUGACAAGGCACCCAGUGACACCGUACACAGGAAUACAACCACUGUGUGCCCACGUUUUAUCCGUGAAACACCAAACGCACUUUCCCUUUAAUGAUGAACAAACAUUUUUGUUGGCCUCGUUGUUAUCUGUCCAAAUUAGUGCCAUUAAAAACCCUCCACUACCUGGCCCAGCGAAACAACGCACCACCUGUUUCAGUUCACUCGCCGGUGAAUUAAAAAUAACCCCUGAAACCAAGAUUUAGCCAUCCGAUACAUGAUUGCUCAUGUCACCGGUAAGCUGGCACAAUAAUAAUGGGCACGUUAAACACUUGUACAGAGUGACUAUUAAUUUGCUUAGGUGUUUGGUGGUGGAGGGUUCUUAAUGACAGAUUUGGUUGGAUCAUACUUGAGCAUAAUCGCAAAUCAACUGUAAAUCGUAAUGAUGGCUCUGAAAACUUGCACGUUAAGUCUGCCUUUAAUGGCUGCACUGCUGUUUUAACAAACGUGCACUGCACAUUUCACCUAUAAACAUACUACCGAGGUCACGAGCGAUUAUUCAAAAGACGACGGCGGGCAGAGUGUGAUGUGAAGUGUUUCCACACCAAUAAAGCUCUUCAAGUACGUGCUGGA